AGACCUUAUCUCAUGGUUUUCUUCUUUGUACUCAGAAUGUGCUGGAAUUGAAGCUGUAUGACCAAGAUGUGAUCACCAAAGAUGACCUCCUUUACACGGUUGUCUUUGAUCUUGCUAAAAUGAGACCUGGGGAAAUUCUUUAUGAAAACUUCAGUUUGAACUCUGAGGGCCCAGCCUGCCUAGAAGUAGAAUUCAAGAUGGAGAGCAUAUGUAGUGGUGUUGAGAACAUAAUUACCAAUGGCAUUUUAACGGCUCGUGAGGUUUUCUGCUUGGAAGUUCAAAUAAACAAAAAGAAGAAUGAGGAGUGUUUGAAAAAAUAUAAAAAUAUUGCACUUAUGGUGAAAGAAUCAUUUGAAGAAGUGCAAACGAUCACCCAGGACUCAGAAGACUUCCAAUUCCACUGUGUAAAGAGCUGGGAACCAAUACUGAACGCAGGACUGAAGAGAAGUUCCUUUUGGAAUAACAUGCUUGGUGAAGUUACUGCUGAUUAUCCAGGAAUAUCGCUGAAAUCCCUCCAUUUGGACAAGGAAACAAAAAUAGACUUGCUUUUCACCAAGGAUGCAGAGUUGGAGCUGCAGCUCAAGGUUAAUAACCAUUUAGGAGAUUUAGAUGUGCGUUUGGGUUGUGAUCUCUGUGAAGCUGAGCAAGAUUUCCUGUGUAAAAGGAGAACUGUGGUCUCCACCGCUCUAAAAAAAGUUCUUCUCCUGGAUCAAGAAUUGCAAGGGCAAGAGGUCCCCGUGAUAGCUGUCAUGGCAACAGGAGGAGGAGCCAGGGCAAUGUCAGCAUUCUAUGGCCACCUCUUUGCCCUCCAAAAGCUGAAUCUCUUGGAUUGUGUUACAUACCUCACUGGAGCUUCUGGCUCAACCUGGACAAUGAGAAGUUUGUAUGAAGACUAUUACUGGUCUCAAAAAGACCUGAUGGGCCCGAUCCGUAGAGCACAGGAAUAUAUUUCCAGGAGCAAGUCAAAUGCUAUUUCCUUGGCGGCAAUGCAGCACUAUGAUGUGGAGCUCAGACAGAGGGCCCAAGAGGGGCACUCUAUUUCUUUAACUGACCUGUGGUCACUAAUAAUUGAUCGUAUGUUCCAUGAUGAGGCUGAUGACAAACUCUCAGAUCAACAACAGGCUGUGAAUCAGGGGCAAAAUCCACUGCCCAUCUAUCUGGCUCUCAAUGUGAAGGACACCAAAAGCACUUUUGAAUUUAAAGAAUGGUGUGAAUUUUCCCCUUAUGAAGUGGGAUUUCCUAAAUAUGGAGCCUUCAUUUGCUCUGAAGAUUUUGGAAGUGAGUUCUUUAUGGGAAAACUGUUGAAAAAAAGACCGGAAUCAAGGAUCUGCUAUUUGGAAGGAAUUUGGAGUAAUAUAUUUUCCUUGAAUUUGGUGGAUAUCUGGAAUUUAUCUAAGUUGUGGCAGCAGCAGCCUUUCCCAGGCAGGGAAAACAGUGAUGACGAUAGUCCUUCAGAUCAGUCCUCUGAAUGUCAGACAGCUUGUGUUACUCUGCCAGAAAAUAUAUCUAGCAUCAUCAGUGGGGUUCUGACUCAUCGUCCAGUAGGAGAACUGAAACCUAACUUCCUGAGAGGUCUCCAAAUACACAAGAAUUAUCAUCAGCACAAAACAUUUUCUACAUGGCAAGAUAAUAAUCUAGACCAGAAUCCUAACCAUCUCACUCCAUUGGAAAAAGAACUAUGCCUGGUUGAUGCUGGAUACUUUAUCAAUACUAGCUGCCCUCCCCUGUUAAGAGAGGAAAGGAAUGUGGAUGUUAUUUUAUCAUUUGACUAUAACUUGCUGGAAACCAGAUUUACUUCUAUAGAACAGAUGGGCAAAUACUGUUUGGAUCAAAACAUCCCUUUUCCUAAAGUUAUACUCACUGAAGAUGACCGGCAGAAUCCAAAGGAAUGCUAUGUUUUUGAAGACAAGGAGAACCCCAAUGUCCCAAUCGUUCUUCACUUCCCACUGGUGAAUGAUUCUUUCAGGAAAUAUAAAAAACCCGGGAUUAAGCACACCUCAGCAGAUGUGGCUGAAGGAAUGGUGAAUUUUGCCAGUGGCAUGUCACCAUAUAAGAUGACUGAUUUGACUUACACUAAAGAUGAAUUCAGCAAACUGAUAAAUCUGUGUGACUAUAACAUCCAGAAUAACAAAGAAUUGAUUUUGCAAGCCUUGAUGGUAGCAGUAAAAAGAAGAAAAGACAGCAACAAAUAAAGCCAUCAUCUCAAAUUCA